UUUCCGCGUCAACAACAACCGAAUGAUAGUUCUGAAAGUGUGUGGCAUAGAAUCAUAAAAAUAAUAGUUUGAAACUAAAAAUGUGGAACAUUUAUAAACAUUUAUUGAUUUUACUGCUGCUACAAGCAUCUCAGAAACCCAUCGUAGCCAAGCCUACAGUGACGCAAUACAACAAUGCAACACUGCAACUCUCGCGGGGCAUACAAAUGGCGGUAUAUAUGAAUGAGAAUGUCAAUCCAUGCGACAACUUCUAUGACUGGGCCUGUGGACGCUGGUCGUUAAAUCAUCCUGCUACGUCAGGGAGGAAUAAGACCUCAUUUGUAGGUCUCUUGGAGGAUUUGUAUGUGAGCAAAUGUGCGGCAACGCUGCAGGAGUCCAACAAUGAAAACAGCAACAACAACGGUGCAGUAGCGACUGAUAUAUACCUGAACAAUUUACUGAAAGCGGUUUUCGACUCGUGUCAUGACACGCAGACCAUUAAGACCGUGGGUUACGCGCCCAUUUGGGAUGCACUUAAUUUUCAAGUCGGUUGGCCGCUCAUAACCGACAAUGAUUGGUUCGAAGACGAGUACGAUUGGCUAAAGCUGGUGGUGUUGGCAAAGCGUAAAUUUAAUGUGGACGUGUUCAUAGCGUUCGACGUAGUAACGGAUUUGCAAAAUGCGGAAAAAAGUCGCAUACAAUUAGGCGCGCCAGCUUUAGCGUUAGAGACAAAAGCCAAUUAUGCCCGCUACAUAGAAAAUAAACUGCAGCAAUUCUUUCCCGAGAUGAGCAACGUUUGGGUACAAGAGCUCGCCUCGCAGGUGCAGCAAGUCGAAGAACAGUUAGGCAAAGCAUUGCAAAAUGUGACACAGGAAGUCGCGCCACUCGAACGCUAUGUGGCUGAACUGAAAGCCUCCUACGGCAGUUUUGUGGAUUUAAGCCGUUAUCUUCAGCUGAUGUUCGAUCGCCCGAUUAACGAGAAGGUUUACGAAACGCCGAAAGGCUAUUUCAAAAAUCUCGUCGAUAUCAUUAGACUCACACCGAAACUGACGCUAGCUAAUUACACGCUGUGGAAAGUUUUGGACCGCUUCGACUUGGGUGGCAGCAAAGAGUUUUGUGUGCGCAAAUUGAUCGACUUUUUCCCGCAUGAAAUGGAGUACUUCUACAAUCGCAAUUACGAAGAUACCGAACUAUUUCAAGAGCUACAGACAAUGUUUCACGCCAUCAAAUAUAAUCUAAAUAACGAGCUGCAAACUUCGCCGCGCUUUAGUUGGAUAUCGCCGAAGACACUGCAGAACUUACGCGAGAAACUGAGAUCAAUGCGAAUAGAGGUUUUGCAACCGCAGGAGCAUAUUGGUUUCUUCCAAGGUGGCAUUAAGCCCGCCAAUAUGUAUGCCGAUCAAUACUACAAUAAUAUCAUCAAUAUAUUAGAGUGGCAAAAUGAAAAGCAGUUACUUAAGCUACAUCAGGCCGCCGCGCUACUGCAUGUACCGCAAAGUGGUCCAUCUUAUAAGCUGAAGUUGUUGCCCACUUACAAUACACAAACGAACAACAUACAAUUCCCAGUCAUCUUCCUGCAGUCACGCUUCUUCUGGGAUACCUCGUACCCGGCGUCCAUAAAAUAUGGCACUUUCGGUUUCAUUUUGGCGCAACAGAUUGUACGUGGCCUUAGUGAGAAUGACAGCGAAGUCAGUCAACAGAAAGUGUGGGAUAUUGCCUCCGAAUUAACCUUCGUCAAACGUUCCAGCUGUUUUGCUGAUCAGCCACAUUAUUCCGCGAAAGAGUUUAGAGGCAAAAACGUGAACGAUCGCGAACGCCUGAAGAAAGCCUUCAGAGAUAAUGGUGGUCUUUCUUUGGCUUAUCGCUUGUAUGAGAAGUGGACGCAAGGUAAAAGUGAGCAAGACAUCGACGUCUUACCACGUUUACCCAAAAAACAUAGGCAGCAGUUCUUCCUCGCUUAUGCGCAGCUCUUUUGUGCGGAUUAUGCCGACGAAUUGGUUGAGUUUGGAGACUUACCGGAAGCGUUGCGUGUAAACGGUGCUGUGGCAAAUUUAAAUGAGUUUGGAAACGCAUUUGAAUGUGGAGUGGAAUAUACGAUGAAGGACAAGUGCAUUAUAUUUUAGUAAGAAUACAAAAGCUAUUUACUUUUAAAUUUCAGAAAUAUAGUCUAAGUAAGUACUGUUCAAAUAAACAGUUUUAGCAACCAGAUUAAUAUUACCUUAAAUUUCGCAGAGUUAGUUAAACACAGAGGUCAACUUCUUGCACAACUGAACCGCAUUUCAACUCAGCGUCGGCAAUCGACUGACGACGUGAUCGCAAAGCUUCUGUGACCCAGUAUGAAUCAUAAAUAGUCUAACGAAUUUCUUGCAUUCAGUUGGACAAAAAUACUUUGAUUACCUUCUGAUUGACUGACGUAUUUAAGUUGGAGCUUCAUUGCUUUUACUGACUGAGUCAUUCAAGUUUCCAAAUUGGCUCAUGGCACUUCAUCUUCUUUUGUUUCCAAGCGUUUAAGUAUCAAAAUGCAGACUGUAUUAGUACUUCUCUCAAUGUGGGAGACCGCUUUGGACUAAAACUGACUUUCUUCAAAACUCCGCCUUAUAACUAGUGCAAAUAUUCUCAAAGGGUUCGGUUUGAGAUAAUUUCCGUCAAAAAAAUAAUGAUAGUUUGACACUCCCCUUAUAAUUAAUAUAGCUAAAUCCCACUAUUUGCCAUGCUGUAUAUAUUGAGAAAGGUUUACCUUUAACUGUAAUUUUGGACAGUUUGCCUUUUGAACCCAAUACUGUGGAUCCCACAAAUUGUUUCGGAUUC